CAGCGCUCCGGUUGCGAUUCCCGCAGCAUCCCCGGCCGUGGUACCAACAUCCCGCGGAUCUCUCUGGCCGCGCGCAGCCCGCCAACGCUACCACCAUGAGCGCGGGGCCGCGAUGGCCGGCGCCCCGCAGCCUGCCUGCGCUCUGCGCCGCGCUGCUCCUGCUGGCUCUGCAGCCGCGCCCCGUGGGCGCCGAGGGGAAGCUCUUCGUGCUGGACUCUCAGAAUGGCUCUCAGGGCCUGGACCUCGAGGCAGCUCGACUCUCCUGCAGAAGCAGGGGUGCCCACCUGGUGUCUGCUGGAGAACUGAAGAGGGUGGUCCAGGACUGCGCCUCCGCAGUGUGCACAACGGGCUGGCUGGCAGACGGAACCCUUGGGACCACCGUGUGUAGCAAGGGGAGCAGUGAACAGCCAGCGUCCAGAGCUGUUGAUGUGAGAAUUGACAGCCACCCAGUUCCCGGUGCCAAGUACAAUGCUCUCUGUAUUAAGGACGAAGAGAGACCGUGUGGAGACCCACCGUCAUUCCCACACACCAUCCUCCAGGGUCGCACUGGCUUGGAGAUGGGGGACGAGCUGCUGUACGUGUGUGCACCAGGGUCUGUCACAGGCCAUCGGGAAACGGCCUUCACCUUGCUAUGCAACAGCUGUGGGGAGUGGUACGGACUGGUGCAAGCCUGCGGGAAAGAUGAGGCCGAGGCCCACAUUGACUAUGAAGAAAAUUUCCCCGAUGACAGAUCCGUGUCAUUCAGGGAACUCAUGGAAGACUCCCGCGCAGAGGGAGAAAAGGAAAAGGCUCAGGAAGACGCCUCUGACGAGACACCAAAACAAGAUCGGCUGGUCUUCACUUCUGUCUCUAAAGAAAAUAUAGCCCAGGAAAAAGCCUUUGUGCCAACCACAGGCUGGCCAGGCGCUGGCAGCAGUGUCCGCACAGACUGGCCAAGGUCCCGCCUACACCGGAAGUACUCCCUCUGGUUUCCGGCCGAGACUUUCCACAAGCCAGAGCUGGAAAAGGAUGAGGGAGAUGAGACCAAAGAGCCACUUCCUGCCAGGGACAAUCACAGUGAAGAGAAACCGGCCCCAGAAGAGUCUGAAACGAGGCUGGUCUAUGCCACCACCUACAGCCCCUCAGAGCCAUUUGUGGACAGGAAUGACAGCAAGGCGGAGGACCCUGGGGUGAGCAGCAGCGAUGAUUCCUGGUUAGACGGCUACCCUGUGACAGAUGGGGCUUGGAGGAAGGUAGAGGCUGGGCAGGAGGACGAUGAGGACAAAGGGGAUGGGUCAGUGGGACCGGAUGAAAGGGUCCUCAUGACUCCUGAUCAGCCUACUGGGAAAGCUAAAGAGCACGAGAACGUCACCGUCACACCAAGCGAAUCCGUGAUACACAGCUCCGUCCGUCCAUCUCAAAUGCUCGACGUAGAAGCUCGGGUUCCAGGACCCACCAAUGUGUCUGAGACUGAGAGUGCCCAUACCAGGGAUGUUGAUUCGACCAAUUCUCCAUCAACUAUGCCUCGGAGAGUCACCACACCGCAGUCACCCACGGCCACCUCACCCUAUGAACAGACCAACUCCACCCAAGAGACAGUAACAACAGCCCUCCAGCCGACACAUGAACACAUCCCCUCGACUGAUGUGGAGGCCACUCAGCCUCCAGCGGAGGUCACGGCCCCUGAGGUUCAGGAUAACUUCCCGUACCUGCUGUCUGAGGACUUCUUGGGACAGGAGGGCCCUGGGCCGGGUGCAAGCGAGGAGAAGCUCUUUCCAACCUCGGCACCGUGUGUGGGGGAUGCAUGUCCCAGCUUCAGGAAAGGCCCGGUGAUCGCCACCGUCGUCACCGUCCUGUGUCUACUGCUGCUCCUGGCAGUCGUGGGAGCCGUGUGGGGCUACCGCAGGUGCCAGCACAAGAGCUCCGUCUACAAGCUGAACGUUGGACAGCGGCAGGCUAGACACUACCACCAGCAGAUUGAGAUGGAGAAGGUCUAGCCUCUGUCAGCACCGGCUCUCACAAAGCCGCUGGGAGGAAGAUUUACUGUGACUGGUCACACUGAUAAUUCUCGGGAUCUGAGGUGGAAAGGGUUCACCCUCGGGAGUUCAAGUCUUUCUUCUAUAGAGAAGUGUCUCUGGAGGGGCCUAAAGGGCAGAGAGGGUUUGGUGAUGUCAUUGUCCGAAUCCCAGACCUCUGCUUUGGCCCUGUUCCAAUAGAAGGUUGGGGUGCAGCUGUGUUAAAAUCACCUAUUGUUUCGUCUUUAGAGACAGGAUCACAAACUGCACGCUCCAGGGCUGGCAGUUCUCUCAGGGUUAACUGUUUUCUCUGAACUCUAGGAGGAAGGAAUGAUUCGGAAGCAGGAAAUGUUUGAAGAAGCCCUCAAAGACUGCUUUAUUAAAUAUGGGUACUGCUGGGGAAUGAAUAAAAAUGGACAUAGACAGCCUUGGACUGAUCCAUCCCAGCCAUUGCUUAUCACAGUGACCACUGAGUGGUGUCUCAACAGUGUUUCUGGAAAGAUGGUCCUCCGACCGGGGCACACCACCUGGGGAGUUGUUGAAGAUCUGGCUGGGCCAGCUCUGAGCUCAGUCCUCAGGUAGUUCUGCUGUUAAAAACUGUUGGCUUCAGUCAUCUGUGGUGAUCGUGGAACCCAGGAAGGCCUGGAGACAGGGGAUUGAGUACCACCCACGCCCUGUCUCGCCUGGCCUCGGCAUCUCACAGCAGCAUGUAAAAACGUCACCUCUGGCUGUCUCCAAGGUGUUAGUGAAGGUGUAAGAACACCAUGGUUUUCUAUCGGAGUUACAUUCUUGAAGGUGUGAAAGUGAUGGAGGUCAUACAUUUUUUUUUCUGAGGCACCACGGGGAGUGUCUGCUUUUGUGUGGCACCAGAAUUCCUGAUCUGUGUUUAUGUUGGUGGUAGUUUUACAGUUGAGACGCAGGUGGACAGGGAGUGUGGCCCAGCAGCAGAGACUCUGGCAAGCUGGUGUCAGGUGCUGGGUUCAAUCUCUGGGUACAGUGUAACCCUCACCCUAAAACAAAAAAAGUUGGUGAUGGGUCUUUUGCCAAAGGAAGAAAAAAGAUCUCACGAUGUAUUUUCUGUGCUGUCACCUGCUGGAUUCAAGCUUUGGAAAAGAACAACAGCUAUGGAAAAGUAUGAUACAAUACAAAAUCCCAGGGACCAUAACUGGGUCACACAAAGGCUUGAGGGGACCAACAAGGACAUGUCUGCUCCAAAGGGAGCAGAGGAAGAAGAUGCUUUUGUAUGUAGCCAAAGAACUUGACGGAGUAAACCCAGAGACUGUACAUUUUUAAAUCAGAUUCGAAUCUCUUGUGAGAUAGCAUUUCUAUUUUUAUGACCAGUUAUGUAAAAUAACCUUUGUCUCCACACGGGGAUGGUGUAAGUAACUAAUUAAACCCAGGACACUGAAUUUAUACCAACACAUAAGUAGAUGGUAUUAAUACAAAUGUCUUAAUAAGUUCAUUAUAAAUUAUUAACCCAUGUCAAUGCGUCCUUCUGUAGACACGGACUGUAAAGUCAGCACAGCACGCUAGCUCAUACAUUUUCCCAAUUUGCUGUCAUCCUAAUUAAUAUGAAAGAACACGAGGCUGCUCACCAGAAGGGCAUGGGUCUCUGGCUCACCAAGGAACCUAAGCUGUCAUUGCAAAAGCGUUGAGAAUGGUAAUGCUUAUGAAAAUGGAGAGGAGGAAGGGUUUCAUUAAGACAGAGCUUCUGAUAUAUGUAAAAUAAAGUUAUUUCCCCCAACACUUGAUAAAUG